AUGGACUCGGCACAAUCCUUACAAGAUUCCAUAUAUUUUUUGCGAACUAAACGGAUUGGUUUUCGUUCAUGGACAGAAGAUGACUUUCAAUUAGCUUUAAAUCUCUGGGGCAACAAUGCUGUUACAAAGUUAAUUGGUGGUCCAUUCACAAUUGAAAAAAUACAAGAACGUUUUUUAUAUGAAAUCAAAAAUAUGAAAGAGUACAGUUUUCAAUAUUGGCCUAUAUUUGUUUUGGAAACUGGAGAACAUAUCGGAUGUUGUGGUUUUCGCCCAUAUGACAAAGAGAAGAAUACAGUUGAAAUUGGUUUCCAUAUUCUACCACAAUUUUGGAGACAAGGAUUUGCUCGGGAAGCUGCAGAUGCUGCAAUAUCAUAUGCAUUCUGUCAUCUAAAUGUGAAUAAAAUUUUUGCCGGUCAUCACCCAAACAAUGUUGCUUCUUGUCAACUUAUUGCACAACUCCGAUUUCAGUAUAGACAUCAUGAAUAUUAUCCACCCACUGGCUUACAACAUCCAUUGUAUGUACUUACAAAAGAACAAUACUGUCAAAAAACUAAUUGA